AUGUCUGAGCGGCACAGCACCGUGCAGGGAAAAACCAUCGCCCCAAGCCUUGGGCUAGGACUCUGGAAACAAACCACACCCCAGGUCUGGCCGAAAAAUGAAAAGCAAGAUGAAGUGAAUCGGCUGCACUUCCCGGAUGACUUAAUGGUGCAACUGCACCUGCUUAUUUCAGCAUGCCCCGACCCCGAGGAGAGCUACGACUUCCUCUUCAAGCUGGUGCUCAUCGGGGACGCCAGCGUGGGCAAGACCUGCCUCGUACAGCGCUUCAAAACAGGGGCCUUCGCGGAGCGCCAGGGCAGCACCAUCGGCGUGGACUUCACCAUGAAGAGCCUGGAGAUCCAGGGCAAGCGGGUGAAGUUGCAGAUCUGGGACACAGCUGGCCAGGAGAGAUUCCGAACUAUCACACAGAGUUAUUACCGCAGCGCCAACGGAGCAAUCCUAGCCUAUGAUAUCAGCAAGAGAGGCUCCUUCCUGUCCAUUCCUCGCUGGAUCGAGGAUGUCAGAAAGUAUGCUGGUUCCAACAUAGUGCAGUUACUGAUCGGAAACAAGUCUGACCUAAGUGACCUUCGAGAGGUUCAGCUGGAAGAAGCUCAGAGUCUGGCUGAACACUAUGAUAAUAUCAUCUGUGCCAUAGAGACCUCUGCAAAAGACUCCAGCAACGUGGAGGAGGCUUUUGUGAAGAUGGCUACAGAGCUCAUGAUGAGGCAUGGAGGCCCUAUGUUCAGUGAGAAGAAUACUGACAGCAUCAAGCUUGACAGCAAAGACGUUGUAGAAGGCUGGGGGUGUGGUUGCUGAUAUGAGCUAGGUGAAAUCUCUGACUUUACUGGAAUUUAGAUGGUGCUUUACCCUAAUGCUGAGUAGCACAGUAGCCAUAUUCUCCUCCUCCUGUGAAACCAGCCAUUUUGUAGAAGUUAGUUAGAUACAAUCCUGGUUGCUUUGGUGUCCUUUU